UUCUAUUGUAAUUCUGGCACUAGGCAAUUUUGGAGCUGGUAGCAUAGUUAUUGGAAUGAUUUGUAGCGAAACUGAUGGAAGAGGAAACAAUGAAAUGCUAGGAUUGAAUAUGAAGAAGAAGAAAAUUUCACUGGCCAUUAUUUACUCAUGGAUAGAUGGAAAUUGGAGAUAUGGCCAGAUCUUAUAUGAAGGAAAGGCCUCCCUGGGCAUCUCCAACAGAACAUGUUGAAUUGAGAACCCCAUUGACUACAACUAUGAAACUUUUCAAGGAACGAACGCCGUAUUCAGUCAAUGUCAUCUGCAUCAGAUGAUCUGAUCUCGCACUAUGAGGUCUUUAUCCAUAUGUGAAUUAUCUAGACAGAGUUCUCUUGCAUCUGGAUCCUGGAAUAUUCAGGAAGAAUUGUGGAAAGUGCACUCAAGUUGAAGGAUGUGAAGAGGCUCAACCUCAAGCUAAAGUUGCAGUGAUGGAGGAACAGAGAGCUGGUACUAAAAGUGAUGACUCAGUGCAUUCCGUUGGUGCUCAAGAUCCACACAAGACCAGAUGUACUGGAUGUGGAUCUAUAUCACUUGGAUGCAUAGCUGGAAAGAAUCCAGCUAGUGUGAAGGACCACAAGCUCUCAUAUAGAGAUGUGGCUGUAUGAGGGAUUGCAAGCAAGUGGAGAUAGCAGUGUGGGGGUAUGGACUUGAGUCCUAUCUCUCUGAAGAAGCUCCUCCUCCUCCGAUGAACGUUCCUGGUACAACCCAAGGAACAAUGGUGGAAAAUCCAGAGUUUAAAACCUGGCAAAGGCAAGAUAGACAGCUUGCUGGAUGGAUCUUGUCAUCACUUUCAGAAGGUGCACUGGUCCAUGUUGUUGGGUUGAGAUCAGCUCGUGACAUUUUGAGUGCUUUGGAAACCAAUUUUGCAAGUAGAUCCACUGCUAAAGUGAUGCAAUAUAGGCAGCUGGUCCAGAAUAUGAAGGAGGAGUCCCUUCCCAUGAAGACAUUAUUUGAUCUUCUGGGAUCAGUUGGCUGCAAAAUCUCUAAUGAUGAACAGAUACUUCACAUCUUGGGAGGCCUAGGGCGGGAUUAUGAUCCAGUGGUGUGUGCUGUGACCUCAAGAGUAGUGCCAUGGAAAGUCCCUGAUGUUAGCUCUUUUCUCUUGAGCUUUGAGUCUAGAAUUGAGACUACUAGGAAUUCUUCAUAAAGUAUAGAAGGAUCACAACCUUUUCUCAAGUUGUUGCAAUAAUCUGGACUGAGGAGAGACUCUUACUACAACAAUGAGUCAGAUUCUGUGGCAGGCAGAAGAAGCUCGAGGAGUACGAGAGGAGGUCGAGGUGGAAGGAAUUCUGGACGAGGAGGAGGCAAAAUCAUUUGCC